GUGUUCGUGCGAAGUAAAGGUUUUUUUUAAUAGGUGUUUCACUUUAUCACGUAGUUUCUUAUCACUAAAAGGGGUUAAAUUGCAUUUAUUAAAACCUUCGUCGGUGUCCUAUCUUCAGGAGACUAUAAGAGAUAAAUUCCAAUUUCGUCGCACUCAGUAAUGAGUUUCCACUUAUCGAAUAAGUUGGGCGAGAGUGUGGAGGUUCCCAUGUCAGUCGCCAACAAGCUCUUUAUUAUGGUUGCGAAUGUCAACUCCAUUGCUGCUAUUUCCGGAAAUCCCCCACAAUUCGACGACACUCUAGAGCUGAGCUCCGCGGCUCCAGAGGAUUCGGUGCCGCUUACCGAAGAUGCAGAGGAGGGGCAAAACAAGAGCCCUAAUGAGGGCGACAUGCCUUUGCAGCUCAGCAAUCUUGAUUACAGCAAGGAGGUACUAGAAAAAGUCGUGCACUACGCGAUGUUGCCGGAUGACCAGCGCACGGCCAACAUUCCAAAGCCUCUCAUUAUGCCCCUAAAGCUGCUUGUACAGGCACAUGAGUUAGAUCUUGUUAGGGAGGCCGAGGAAAAGCAGUUCUUGGUCCAGCUACUGGAUAUCGCCUCCUAUCUAAGAUUUGAGCAGCUUGUAGCUCUGUGCGCCGCGUACAUAAGCGAACGUAUCGGGGAAAUUGCUCGGGGGGCGCCUGACAUCAUGACCGGGAGCGAGCGUAUCCGGGAGUUUCUGCACAUGGAUAACGAGUGGACCCCAGAGGAGAUGGAGCACCUUCGAAGGGAGAUGGAGUAUGUCAAGCAGGUCGACCCAAGGAUAUACUAGUGUACGAAAAUAUAUUUUUUUACCCGUUCAAUUUUAUUUUCGUUGACAUUGACGAUAUCUAGGACUUCCGUCUGCGGCUGAUGCAUACAAACUGGACAGAAGUGAUACGUAAGAACAUAUAUAUAUUUAUGCAUAUUUUCGCGAAAACGGAAUGCGUAUGAUCCGCUAUAUUUUAUGAAUAUGUGAAUCGUGCUUUGCUUUUUUUUCUGUCCUUUAGGCACAGAAUACCAAA